AUGGGCUUCGCAACUACAAUCCUUCGCUCUCAGUUUUUUGUCAAGCCGCCGGUUCCCUCAUCCGACUUCUCCGGCCAAACAGUGGUCGUAACGGGCGCCACAUCUGGUCUCGGAUACGAAGCUGCCAAGCACAUACUUCGACUAGGAGCAUCCAAACUCAUCCUUGCAGUCCGCAAUGUGUCAAAAGGCAACAAGGUUGCAGAAGAAAUAUCUUCGGCACUGUCACUCCCCCUUAGCAACAUUGAGGUUUGGGAAUUGGAUCUGAGUAGUUUCUCAUCCGUAAAGCAAUUUGGCGAACGCAUCAGCACGCUUGAUCGCCUGGAUGCUGUGGUACAAAAUGCAGGCAUUAUGACCAGCAAAUUUACUCUAAUCGAGGGGUGCGAGAGCCAGAUAGCGGUAAACGUCAUCAGUCCAGCACUUUUGGGCUAUCUUGUCAUUCCCAAACUCCAACAGUCAGCAGCCACAACUGGAAACCGGGGUAGACUGGCUUUUGUGGGUAGUGACCUACAGUUCCUCGCACCGCUAAAGGAAAAGUCGACUUCGGAAAGUCUCUUUGCGGCGCUCAAUUCCGAGCAAACAGCCGAUAUGGCCAACCGAUAUGGAGUCUCCAAACUUCUCCUCAUGUGGGUAGUGCGCGACAUGGCGCAGCGAUAUCCUUUUUCCGACCAGUCAAACGUACUCAUCACAUGCUUGACUCCCGGCCUAUGUCAAAGCGACCUUGUGCGCGAUGAAGAGAGUUGGAUUGUCGGCGUUCUCCGCCGCUUCAUGAUAGGAUUAGUUGCACGGUCCACUGAGGUCGGUAGUCGCACUCUGGUCUACGGAGUCAAGCCAGAUCUCGGAGAGGAGUGCCACGGUGCAUUUCUCAUGGACCGCAAAGUCUGCAAAGACUUGACGGGUAACACUAAGACACCUGAAAUGGAAAAGGCGAAGACCAAGUUUAUGGAUGAGCUCAACGCGCGUUUGCAAGAAAUCAGCCCUGGAAUUGUAUAGCGAGUCUUCGAUUACAU